AUGCUGGACGGCUUUGAGAUACUGACGACUUCAGGAGUGGUCCUGUGGUCAAAGUCUUAUGUCCCGGUGAGCAGCAGCAUUAUUAAUGGCUUCAUCAAGGAUGUCUUCAUCGAGGAGAAAGUCCUGCCAGGCGCAAGUGUUGCAGACGAUACCUCGGCAACACAGAACCCUUCAUAUAAGAGAGACCAGUAUACACUAAAAUGGGCGAGCGUCAAGGAUCUAGGGCUCAUCUUUGUGGCUGUUUACCAAUCCUUGUUACACCUCUCGUGGAUAGACAAGCUCUUGGACAACAUACGCAUCAUCUUCAUCGAUCUGUACAAGGAUCAGUUGAAGAAGCCCCAUACGAGCGUUGUGGAAUGUGACUUCGACGGCUACUUUGACCAGCAAGUCACCGAGCUGGAAAGUGCAGCAGAAAAGAACCCUCAACGAGUAGCGCAAGGCGCAUUGGAGGAGCUCACUCCAGCUUCAAGCUCUGAGAAUGGGCACGACAGGCCUCCGCCACCGUUACCGGGAUUAGCACCAGGAUAUUUGAAAAAGCAACAAAACAACGGCGACUCGACAGAUGUAUCACCAAUAGGUACACCGGAUACGUCCAGGCCUUCUACGCCUGCAGUUCAUUUAUUAGCAGGAAAGUCUGGACCUAAAGGGGGUUCCCGGAGGGCAAGAAAAGCUGUGACAACUCCUGCAAACGUAUCUUCGGGGGAUGAAAGGAAAGCGAAGCCAAAGAAAGAUAGCGGGAAAAAGAUGCGGAAGUGGGAUGCCGACGGCCUGGUAGACGAAGAAGAUGGAGCGGCUUUAGAUUAUUCCGCCCAGUCGCCCCAGGAGAACGGCGCAGCGAAGAGCGAAUACUUCGCUGGGGUAGACUCGAUUGACUCGCAGUCGUUCGGCACAAGGACCGGAAAAGGACAAUUCGUUCUCAAGGACCUGGACAGUGAGGUGCACUCAAUAUUAGAAGGAGCGAGUGAGAAGAGAGCACAACCCUCCCAAUCGAAGAGCGGAGUUGUAAGCUCGAGUCUCGGUGCAAUAAGUGGACUCUUCCGAAACGUUAUUGGAGGCAAGGUCUUGACCAAAGAGGAUUUGGCCAAGCCGAUGAGAGGGAUGGAGGAGCAUCUUUUGAACAAGAACGUUGCAAGAGAAGCAGCAGUACGGUUGUGCGAAGGCGUUGAGAGAGAACUCAUCGGUGUGAAGACUGGGAGCUUCGAAAGCGUCGAAACAACAAUUCGUUCCGCAAUGGAAUCCUCUCUCCGCAAAAUUCUUACCCCCACAACGUCCCUCGACAUUUUACGCUCCAUAUCAUCCGUUACCAGUCCUUCACAGUUGAACCCCCUAUCACCUAAACCACGUCCUUAUGUUAUCUCUAUCGUCGGUGUCAACGGCGUCGGCAAAUCCACUAACCUCUCCAAGUUAGCCUUCUUUCUCCUUCAGAACAAAUUCAAACUCCUCAUUGCCGCUUGCGAUACUUUCCGAUCCGGCGCUGUUGAACAGCUUCGUGUUCAUGCGAGGAAUCUCAAAGAACUGGCCGAGCGGGAGAACCUCGGGAAAGUAGAGCUCUAUGAAAAGGGUUAUGGUAAAGACGCAGCGAACAUCGCCAAAGACGCGGUAGCCUACGGUGCACAGGAGCACUUCGAUGUCGUACUUAUCGACACUGCUGGACGACGGCAUAACGACACCCGCCUAAUGUCGAAUCUGGAGAAAUUUGGCAAUUUCGCGAAUCCAGAUAAGAUCCUCAUGGUAGGUGAAGCCCUGGUUGGCAGCGAUUCUGUUGGCCAAGCGCGAAGUUUCAAUGCUGCGUUUGGGAGCAAAAGAAAGCUGGAUGGCUUCAUCAUCUCGAAGUGUGAUACGGUGGGUGAUAUGGUGGGGACUUUGGUCAGCAUGGUGCAUGCGACCGGCAUUCCGGUUGUAUUCUUAGGCGUGGGUCAGCAUUAUGGGGACCUCCGCACUUUGUCCGUCACAUGGGCCGUAGGGUUGUUGAUGAGUUGA